AUGCCGCCGCAAGACGGGCGCUCACUCUCAGGCAGCCACGUGGCACGACGCCACAGGUCGCUGCAGGACCAGCCAACGGCCGUCCCACCGCCCAGCACAGGCAAAGACGCUCCCGCCACCAACGGACCUGCCAUUAACUCACCUGUCAACUCACCUUCUGUUAACUCACCUUCCAUUGGCUUACCGGCCAUUCGCUCACCACCAUCCGCGCCUGCUCCUCCCGUCCCUGCUAAUUCACCCCCUGUUGAUCCGGGAACGGACGAAAAUGGCAACCCGGUGAAACCGGGGGAGGUGGCGUUUCAGCGGAACGUUCCGCCGUCCCCGCCGCCCCCACCGCCGCCCCCUCCGGUCGUCUCUUUCAUGCAAGGCACCUACAUCAACUGCGGCAGCAACGAAUCGCUCAAGAACCCGCUGUACACCUGGGAGGCGGAUCCCUUUUCGGGCAGGUUCGGGAGGAUUUUCCGGGCAGGCGUGAUCAAGACGACGAUGAAUCGGACGGUGGCGGCGGGCAGGAUGGGGAAUGGGAAGGUUGAGUUUAGAGAGACUGGGUUGCUGAAGACGCCCCCAGGGGUGGAUGCGCGGGUGUUUGAGACAGUGCGGUUCUUUAAUGACCUCGCUCCCAACGUUUCUACUUACACAAUUCCGGUGAGUGCUGGCUGGAAGGGUGGCAGGAUGGGGUAUGGCAGGAUGGGAAAGGGGAAGGUGGAGUUUAGCGAGACGGGGGUGCUGAAGACGCCGCCUGGGGUGGAUGCGCGGGUGUUUGAGACAGUGCGGUUCUUUAAUGACCUCGCCCCCAACGUCUCCACUUACACAAUCCUGGUCCCCGGCCCUCCCACCAACGUGUUUGUCCGCCUGUACUUUGCUGAGAUCAUCUACACGACAGCCAAGCUGCGGCGCUUCCACGUGGCAGUGGAGGGCGCGCCCGUGCUGACCAACUACAGCGUGCCACGUGGCACUGUGCGAGUGGAGGAGUUCGUUGUGCCCGUUCUGGACGGCUCUGUGGACAUUGCGUUCAUCCGGGGGGAGAUUGGCGAGCCCAUGAUCAGCGCCAUUGCGGUGGUGCCACUCACAGCCGGCAUGUACAACCUCUCUGCCCCCACUGCCACAUCGCGCAUCAUGGCCACGGACUAUCGCUUCGGCUGCGGUCUCUUCCUCCCGAUCACCGACCUCACUCAGAGGAUUUGGAAUCUGCUACCCUCUGAGGUCUACACGCCCAAGGACCCCGGGUCACGGCGCUACAACAAAACCGAGUCAGCGGCCCUCACGUGGCCGCAGACUGCUGACAACGCCGACAAGCCGCCCUUCAUGUUCCCCCUCGACCUCACCACGGCGGGGUUGCACUCAGUAGAGUAUUCCAGCUACGCGGGCUACAACGACAACACCUUCCUCAACUUCUCCCUCCCCGUCGACCCCAACACCGCCUACCGCAUCGACCUUGGAUUUGAGGAGCUCUGGUACUACUACACUGCGCGUCUGUUGGACAUCUAUGUGGACAGCGAGCUGAUGGUCAAGGAGCUUGAUCUGGCCACUGUGGCGGGUGUUGGUGUGCCCUUUGUCGUCACACUCAAGGCUGUCUCGGGUCCUUCAGGCUUCAUGAACAUUUUUCUCAACACCUCCACCAACUCCCUUCACAACAACGUGUUCAUAAGCACGCUAGAGCUUUUCCGAGUGAUCCCCAUCGACCCCACCAACCAGGCUGCUCUCCUCUCUGCCGCCAAGCCUCUCCCUCCGCCCGCUCCCUUCGCUGCUGCUGACACCACCGCCGCUUCUGCCUCAUCCCAGUCCUCCUCUGCUGCGCUAGGCAUAGGCAUAGCGGUGGGCAUGGGGAUCAUUCUCCUCCUCCUCGCCUCGCUCGCCACCUGCAUCGUUCUCAGAGCUCACUACCGCAACAGGCAGGGACGCAUUGCAGCAGCGGCCGCAGCAGCAGCAGAAGCAGAGGCAGGCUACUACGACGGCACUUCUUCAGCCAAGUCCAAGAGCGGCUCUGGUGGUGCUGCUGGCGGUGGCGGUGCUUUCUCCGACAGUGGAAUCCUGGCUCUCAUCUCGGGCAAAUUCGGCUCCUCUGCAGAAGACGACAAGCACAAGGCAUUCAAGAACCUGGACGCCGAAGCCACGGCCAAGACCGGCCUCUUUGGAGCGCGCAUCUUCUCCCUCGCUGAGCUCCGCCGAGCCACCGACGAUUUCGCCCCGGGGAACCUCAUCGGGCAGGGCGGGUUCGGCAAGGUCUACCGAGCCACGCUCGGAGGCUCGGCACGCGACGACAGCGACACCGAAGGCUCGGCGCCCGCCGUGCCCGGGUUCGAGGUCGCGGUGAAGAGGCUCGGGUCGGGGUCGCAGCAGGGGGCUUCGGAAUUUCUGACUGAAGUACAGCUGCUGAGCCGGCUUCAUCAUAAGAACCUGGUGAACCUGAUUGGGUACUGCGAUGAGGACCCCAACCAGCUGAUCCUGGUGUAUGAGUAUGCUCCCAAUGGGACACUCAAGGACUAUCUCAGAGACGUGGUGCGCGUGAAAUCGCUCUCCUGGGAGCGUCGGCUGCGCAUCGCCACCACGUCCGCCAAGGGCAUUGAGUACCUUCACAACGGCGCCUCUCCUUCGGUUAUCCACCGUGACAUCAAGACGUCCAACAUUUUGCUCGACUAUGCCUUCAACGCCAAGGUCGCUGACUUUGGUCUCUCCAAGCUCGGCAAGAAGGCCCCUGCCACCAUCGGCAUGGGCGUGGAGGAGAAAUCAGAUAUGAGCCACAUCAGCACGCGCGUCAAGGGCACUCUCGGCUACCUGGACCCCAUGUACUACACGAAGCAGCACCUCACGGACAAGAGCGACGUGUUCAGCUUCGGAGUUGUGCUGCUGGAGCUGCUCACAGGCCGCCUGCCCAUCUGGCAGGAAGACGAUGCUUCUGGGCUUCAGAACGGGGGCGAGUCACUGAUUAACCUGGUUGAAUGGACGGAGCCGUUUCUCAAGUCAGGUCAGAUUCGUCCUAUCGUAGCGCCGACUCUCGAUGUGGACCGGCACAUGCAGAGCCUCAUGAAGGUGGCUGACCUCGCCUACCGCUGCGUGCGCACUCAGCCCAAGAGCCGGCCCGCCAUGGCUGAGGUGGUCCGCGUUCUAGCAGAGGCCAAGGCCCUUCUCGACGCCGAGGGCCCCACUCCCUCCUCCUCUGCUCUCCCCCUCCCCACCCCCUCUGCUGCUGCUGCUGCUGCCGCCUCGAUUUCUGGUGGUGCUGGUUCUGCUGGUGGUUCUGCUGCUGGUGCAGGGAAUUCUCUGCUUGAGUCGUCCCUGAAGGUGGGGGAUGGGGAGUCGGCGUUGCUGAUGGAUGAGGCUGGAGAUGCUUUCGUGCCCCAUGCUUCUGUCUCUGCUGCUGCUGCGGCUGUGGUGGGAUCAGGUGGUGCGGGGGAUUACACGAAUCCGUUCUCAAUCAGCGUUAUUUCGGAGUGA